CAGGACACCCCGGAUCCGGGGGACACUCGGGAUGCAGGGGACAGGAGCAUCCUGGGAGUGGCUGAUGGGACACCCCAAGCGUGGGGUUCAGGAGCAUCCCAGGUGCAGGAGCCCCAGCCGGGACAUUCCCAAGCCCACAGGGACCCCCUCCCCUCGAUUUCCAGCCAGGCCAACCCCUCGUGCCCCUCAGCCCGUGCCCGCCACGGCAACAAGGACUCCACUUGUGCUGCACUUGUGGCACCAGCUGGUGUUAUUUGCCCAGCGCCCGCAGCAUCCGGCUCGUCCCUGCUCUUAUUGCACCUGAUUCCAGGUGGAAAACAAAGGCUGGGCGGCAGCAGCGCCUUGGGAAGCAGCUCCAAACCCUCCCGGGGGCAGCGGGAGGAGGGAGGCAGGGAAGGACAGAUCGCCCCGACCCCCGCCGGGCUUUGGGGCUCGGCGUUGUCCCCAGCGGUGUGUCCUGCCCUUCGCCACUCCCCUGCAAGGUGGUUUUCGAUUCGCGUUCCCUUUUUCCGAGCGCUCAGAGCUGAGCUGGGCGGCUUUGGAGCGAUGGGGACGUCGCCCGGCCCCGCCCGGCCCCGCGUCCCCCGGCUGCUGGUCCUGCUCCUGGGAGUGGCAGGUGCUGCGACCCCUCGGACCCGGCAGGUGAACGGUGUCCUGGGGGGGUCCGCGCUGCUCUCCCUGGAUCUGCCCCCCGACAAGAAGGUGAAGGCGAUCGAGUGGACAUUUUUAGGUGUCGGCAGUGUCAAGAUCACAGUGGCCGAGUUCGACAGCGGUAAAUUCAAGCGCCCCGACCCCCAGGAUCGAUUCAGGGGCCGGGUGGAGAUGAACAAGACGGAGCUGAGGAUCGGGACCCUGGAGAGGGGCGACAGCGGCGUCUACGAGGCUCGGAUUAAACUGGAGCCAGCGACCGUGGAGACACAACUCUUCACCCUCUCCGUCUACGAGCCGGUGCCGGAGCCGCAGAUCCAGGGGCAGCGGCUCUCCCUCACCCCCCGGGAGUGCAACCUCACCCUGCGGUGCCAGGCGCCCCCGGGCAGCAAUGCCACAGUCACCUGGCAGCUCGGCGGCUCUCUGGGGGUGCCACAGGCACAGCUCUGCGGGGACAACCAGACCCUGUGCCUGGCCCUGCCCGUCGCUGCCUUCAACUCCACCUACACCUGCCUGGCCCGGAAUCCCGCCCAGGAGCGGAAUGUCUCCCUCCACCUGGACACCCUGUGCCAGCAGCAGGGUAAAAAACCCCUCCUGUGCCCGGAUUCGCCCCCCCAGGAGGUGAAUUCACCCCCCCUGGCACCCACCACGGCUCGUCCCUGCAGACACGGGGGCCUGUCAGAGGAGACACGUGUGCCUGGUGCUGGGGGCCGUGGGCAUUUUGGCCCUGCUUGGCAUUGCCUGGAUCUGGAGGAGGAGGAGGAGGAGGAGGAAGAAGCCUGAGGGAGGGUUGUCAGGCACUGGAAGGGAACAGGGAC